AUGGCCACCAUGACGGCCUCCCCCAUCCCUCCUCACCUCGCCGCCAACUCCGCUUCCGUGCAAACGACCCCUAGACCUUCGCGAGCUCGGCCGUCGCCCCAGCCAUCGCCGGCUCAGAGCGUCCCGUCGCCAAGGCAGGGAAGUCCGAGGAGUAGCAGUCCGAGGGGUCAGCCGUCUGGGGGUCUAGAUCUGGAGGCGAUAUUGCGGUCGAAUGGGGGGGAUGCGGAGCGGGCAUUGGAGCAGGUCGUAGCGGAACGGAAUACCCUGCAACAACAAAACUCGCAACUCUGGAAAUUGAUAGAGAAGCAGCGCGCUCAAUGUACGCAUCUCGUGCAGGACAACGAGAGACUCCGGUCUGAUCGAGAACGGGCCAACCAGCGGCUCGUAGCGGGGGGUUUGGAGCCUAUCAACGGAAAGCGAAUCCCUCAUUCCUCCUCCUCUGUCGGGCUCGGUCUACGUGCCGAUAUCCUGCCGCCAAGCAUGAAGCGCAACAACUCGGAUCGGGAUGAGCGGAUAGUCGCGCAGAUCGGCACCGCGUCCCUGCAGGUCCCGUCGGCCGACUCAUCGGCUCCGUCGUCCCCAUUGGAAGCGCCGGCCUCGCUGCUCCCCUCCCCAAUGGCGGACAAUAAACUUCGAAGGGAGAGCAGGAUGGCCUUUGCUCCCGAAGUACGGUCCUUCCUGUCUCUUGCGGAAUCGCCAAGAGCGGGUUCGCACCAGGUCCCGCCUGUUCCUCACAGGUCGGUGUCGGUCCCAACGCCUGCUCCAGCAAUGGAAAUUACGGAGAACAACCCAAGUCCAGGCUCGGCUUACUCGCCGAGCCCUGCGGCGGGAACGAAAGAGGAGAGCAGGGAGGUCGCAGAAGCGCCUUCGUCGUCCAAGCAGCUCGCGACGAUGGCGGAGGUGGACGAGGAGCCCGCGGAGACGGCAGAGGUGGACCUGUCCUCACCGAUAUCAGAGGGAAGAGACGGUGCGUCUCAGCCUCCUGCUCGGCAGUCAUCUCUGCAUCGGCGUGCUGGAGGGCGGGAAGAGGUGCCUCGAGGGGCUGCCGAUUCCGCGCGGCAGGCACCGCUGGCCACCCCGCCAAUCCAGUCAUCUGAGCCUCGGCGAUCACAUGAUAGCCAGCGCGGAUCGGAGGAGUCGACGCCUCGUCAAUCGGUCGACGUCCGCCCAUCCGUCGAGUCCAUGGCGUCGGCAACGUCACGUCCUAGCCGUCCCCUUCCUCGUCUCUCCCCUGCCCUUCUCUCCCACACUCGCCUCUCCAUACCCCACACCACCGUCUACCCCAACACGUCAGGCCGAGACGUCCUCUGCUUCAUCGUCGCCAUCACCGUCCGCCCGCCCAACGCCGCUCCUGUCACGUGGAACGUCGCCAAGCUCUUCUCGGCGUUCAUCGAUGUCGACACCAAGAUUCGCGCCAAGUCGGGCAAGCGGUCAAAAGACUGGAAGAGUAUGGUCGCGCCUCUGCCGGAAGGGAAGGCUUGGAAAGACUUCGCACCGAGCAAGAUUGAUCAGCGGAAGACGGCGCUGGAGGCGUAUCUCCAGUCGUUGCUUUCCGCUCCGCUGAGUGACAAGUCGGACCUCUGCGAGUUCCUCAGCACGGAUCCGGUCCAGGCGAAGGUGUUCAGCAAUAGGAAAGAGGGGUACCUUACGAAGAAGGCAAAGAGCUUUGGAGGUUGGCGGACGAGGUACUUUGUCCUGGAUGGGUCGGUACUGGAGUGCUACGAGAAUCGAGGCGGUCCCCACCACUCGAGCAUCGUCAUUACCAACGCCCAAAUAGGUCGACAAAACCGCGCAUCAGAACUCGCCGAGGACAGGGAAUCUCGACAUGCCUUCCUCAUCAUCGAGCAGUCCAGGAAGGGGCCGCAGCGCCACAUUCUCUGCGCGGAGAGCGAUAUGGAGCGCGACAGCUGGAUUGAAGCGCUGGUCAAGCACGUUGACCCCGACUCGACGCCUCUGAUUCACGUCGCGAGUCCCCCACCACCAGCGCAAAUACAUCUAUCCGCCCCACCUCCUCCUGCACCGGCGCCAUCGCAAGGUCAUCCCAGCAACGGCGGACCGGCGUCUGGACUCAACCGACAGCGGAGCAAUUCUCGGAAGGGCAGCCGGGACGUGACCGUGACUGCUGCGCAGCCAAUGGCGUCCAUGCCAGCCGGAAGUAGCAAGUUUGGCGGAGCUCCCAGUCCAAGCAUGUUCAACUCGAUGGAACAUCAGCGGCUGGCAAAUGGAAAUGGGGCUGCCAAUGGGGGAGGAGGGAGCCCGUCCUUCCCGUCCUCUCUCGCCAGCCAGCCAAGUUCCAGCGGUAGCACCGGCUCAGGCUUCUCUCAUCCCCCUCCGCCUCAACGUACCGAGCCCCCCUUACACUCCUCCACCAGCACACCCGCGGAUCCACCACUCCGUCCCAAGCGACAGAGCAUGAUUCCUUCCCGCUCAUCCGCUUCGUCACAUUCAUCCGGACCUCCCCCCUCGCAUUCGGCCGCAUACCUGUCCAAGCUCUCCGCGGACGGCCUGAAUGCACCUCCUGGCUUACCCUCCGCCGGCGGACCAACUGCGGAUAAGGACCGCGAGAGGAAAGCCAAAUCCGGGCGGUUCUGGCCUUCCUUCGGCAAAGGCGCCCCCACCUCUUCCGACAAGAUAGCCACCAAGCCCGUCUUUGGCGUCCCGCUCUCCGACUCAUUGGCCAUCGCCUCGGUCGCCAGUCUCCCGGCUAUCGUCUUCCGGUGCAUCGAGUGGCUCGAAGCCAAGCGCGCCGAGGACGAAGAGGGGAUAUACCGGCUGAGUGGAAGUUCGGCGGUCAUCAAGGGUCUGAAGGACCGGUUUGAUGUGGAGGGGGAUGUCAAUCUCUUAUUGGUGGAUGAACAUUGGGAUCCGCACGCCGUGGCGGGGCUGCUGAAGGGGUUCUUGAGGGAGUUGCCGACGAGUCUGUUGACCAGAGAGCUGCAUCCGCGAUUCCUCGCUGUCAUGGACCUGAUUGACUCGUCUGCAAGGGUCGCCGAACUCUCCCGCCUGGUGUCCGAACUCCCUCCGCCCAACUACGCCCUCCUCCGCGCCCUCACUGCCCAUCUAAUCCUCAUCGUCAAGCACGCCACGACCAACAAGAUGACCCUGCGCAACAUCGGCAUUGUCUUUUCCCCCACCCUCGGUAUCCCAGCGGGGAUCUUCUCGGAGCUCGUAUCACACUUUGGCGCGAUCUUUGAUGAUGAGCCGGAAGAGGAGGAUCCGGUGGUACAUAUUUCUGGGGCAGAAGAUGCGGGCGCCAUGGGCGACGGGCCGGUAGGCGAGGACGGAGCGGGAUUGGGCGGAGAAGAGACGGUAGGGAGAAAGCGGAAUAGUAUGCUGUAUCAGCAGGGUGGAGCGGAUGCUAUGCUUGGACUGGGAGGGAGGGCUUUGGAUCCUGGUCAGUCCUACUCUUUUCCAUAG